UGCCGAAAGACACGCGGUUUCCCUGCGUCCUUGGCAGUGGGUUGCCCUUCGCUGCUGGCAGAGACAAGCCGCCCAAACUCCUGCCCCUAUCCCGGUCAUCUCUCAGCUGUACCAACAAUACCGAGAUGCAACAUUUGUUUACUUCUCUUGAGCUGAAGUCCUUCACUGGGCAUUGCUAGAUCUUGCACAAACUUGCCCCUCACCUCUGGACAAUACUGUGACACAUCCCGGGACGGCUCAUCCACCUCUUUCACCCUCAGCUCUCCAACACCUCCUGCCGCGUGAGUCAGCUCUGCCGCUCUUACUAGGCUGCCGUUCCAGAACGUUUCCCUUGUGGGCCAUCUUUUUGGUCUCCUCCCAAAGGUCACCUUUGACGCAUUCCACCAGUGCCUGGACUAUAAUGCUCCACAAAGGUGCGUGAAAACAGCUGACAGACGAAGAUUGAGGGGCAACUUGGCAGCCACAGUCAACCUGGACUGGCAGCUGCAGCAUCCCAGCGUGGAAAGCUGAAGACGGGAGAAACAUGGAGAAUACAGGAGGAAGAGUCUUUAGUGGGAAACGGACCAACUUAGCAGGGGUGCAUCAGCUUCCAGUGGUGCAGAAGUUGGUGGAGUCUCGGGCCCAACUGCAAGAGGAAAAGUUGCAGCUGCAGCAACAGUUACUGUUGCUGCAGGAGAAACUUGCUGUGCGAGAGAGCAGCCCACUCACUCAGGCUGCGCAGCUGCAGAACAAGACAGAAAGCCUGAAGGACAGACUCCCAAGCCCCGCUCAGGAGAUGAACAGGCUUCAUUCUGCGCUGGGUGGCACAGACCUGGAGAAGCACCGGGACCUCUUGGUUGCAGAAAACGUGCAUUUAAAGCAGGAGAUAAAGCUGUGUGAAGCCCAUCUGCAGGAGCUGAGGAAGCAUUCGGUGAGAUGCAUCAACUGUGCACACAGCCAGGAGAACCUAAAGUUGCAGGAGAAGCUGGCACAAGUAAAGCAGGAAGCGGAAGAAGCAAAAGGACGCCUUUCUGAGUUGGACCUGGAGGUGGAGCAGAAAACCAACCGUCUCGCGGAGGUAGAACUGCGGCUGAAGGACUCCUUAGCAGAGAGGGCCGAGGAGGAGGAGCGGCUGAGCCGGAGACUACGGGAUAGCCAGGAAGUGAUAGCAAGCCUCAAGGCCCAGCCUCAUCAGGUCAAGUAUGUCAUCAAAACGGUGGAAGUUGAGUCCUCCAAGACCAAGCAAGCCCUCUGUGAAGCCCAGUCACGGAACCGGUACUUGCAGGACCAAGUUGGAAUGCAGAGGCAAGUGCUGAAGGAGAUGGAGCAGCAACUGCAGAACUCUCAGAAGGCAGCAGCCCAGCUCAGGGCCCAGGUUAAGGUGUAUGAAUCCGAGUUAGAACGAUCCCAUGAGCAGAUGCUGGAAGAGAUGCAGAACAUGGAGGAGGACAAGAACCGAGCCAUUGAAGAAGCUUUUGCUCAAGCACAAGUAGAAAUGAAAGCUGUCCAUGAAAAUCUGGCAGGAGUGCGGACCAAUCUGCUAACGCUCCAACCGGCUCUUCGUACUCUCACCAAUGACUACAAUAGCUUAAAGCGCCAGGUCAGAGAGUUCCCUGUUCUGCUUCAAGAAGCCUUACGGAGCGCCAAGGCUGAGAUUGGGCAGGCCAUUGAAGAGGUGAGCACCACCAAUCAGGAGCUGCUGAGGAAAUACAGAAAGGAGCUGCAACUCCGGAAGAAAUGUCACAAUGAGCUGGUGCGAUUGAAAGGUAAUAUCCGAGUGUUUGGCCGUGUUAGGCCAAUACGAGUAGAGGAUGGUGAAGGGCCAGAAGCUGUAAGUGCAGUGACAUUUGAUCCUGAUGAUGACGCUGUCCUACAUCUGGUGCACAAAGGGAAGCUGGUGUCAUUUGAACUGGACAAAGUUUUCCGUCCAGAAGCAACACAGGAAGAUGUCUUCCAAGAAGUUCAGGCUCUGAUCACAUCAUGCAUUGAUGGUUACAACGUUUGUAUUUUUGCCUAUGGACAAACUGGUGCUGGCAAGACAUACACAAUGGAGGGGACUCUGGAAAACCCUGGGAUCAACCAGCGGGCUCUGCAGCUUCUCUUCUCCGAAGUGCAGUCCAAAGCCCCUGACUGGAAUUACAGGAUCACUGUCAGUGUAGCCGAAAUCUAUAAUGAAGCUCUCAGAGAUUUGCUUGGAAAGGAGCCUCAGGAGAAGCUGGAGAUCAGACUCUGCCCAGAUGGCAGUGGACAGCUUUAUGUUCCAGGCUUGACAGAGUUCCCGGUUCAUAGCGUUGAAGACAUCAACCAGGUCUUCGAGUUUGGUCAUAUCAACCGAGCAACUGAGUACACCCACCUGAAUGAGCACAGCUCCAGAUCUCAUGCCCUCCUCAUGGUCACAGUGAGGGGAAUCGAUUGCAGCACAGGAAUAAGAACUGCAGGGAAGCUGAAUUUAGUAGACCUGGCAGGAUCUGAGCGUGUGGGUAGAUCUGGUGCAGAAGGGAACAGGUUGCGUGAGGCUCAAUACAUCAACAAGUCGCUCUCGGCUUUGGGAGAUGUGAUCUACGCGCUGCGCUCCCGCCAGGGCCACGUGCCGUUCCGUAAUUCCAAGCUAACCUACCUCCUCCAAGAUUCUCUCAGUGGUGAGAGCAAGACCCUCAUGAUGGUCCAGGUUUCUCCAGUUGAGAAGAAUACAAGCGAGACACUCUGUUCCCUCAAGUUUGCCGAGAGGGUUCGCUCCGUGGAACUGGGCCCUGGUGCUCGGAGGGCAGAACUGGGCUCCUGGACCAGCCAGGAGCACUUAGAGGUAGACCCCUCUGCUGCCGUACAGCCCUGCAUCCGAACGCAGCCUUCCCCUCGAACAGGGCGUUCAAGCUCACUUCGGGCAAAGCUCCAGACUGCAGCCUGGAAUUAAGAGAUGCUCUGUUUGCCUCCAGGGAAACCGAGGCCAAUUCCUGUGUGAAAACUGGUUGUGAGGAAAAGGUGUUUUCAGAGAGGACUUUGGGAAACCGUGCCAGCUUCUGGGGCUGCUUCUGGGAAUGACAAAGACGUCCAGGUGUCUGGACCAUCCACUGCUGGCAGUGGGGCAGGGCGGUUGGGUCCAUGUGGACUUCAGGAAAGGGUCGUUUCCUGAUGGAUACAGAUGAUUUUUAACAGUUUUUUUUUUUUUUAAGAGAGAGCAGAGGUUCUAAACCCACUCUGCUCAUGUACCCUUUCCUUUCUCUUUCAUUUUUAUUUGAAUAAAAUGUUGCACCCAGUUGCUAAAAUGUUGCACCCAUCUAUCUGCCAUCUCAAUCUUAAAUGCUACUGAAGGGCAAUAUGAAAACUACAAUUGAAAUAUAGUCAGGCAGAGUUGAAGGAAUACUGAGUUACACUUUUGUCUCGCGUACUAUUAACUCUUGGCAGAGGCUAAAGGCAUUUCUCUUCCCAGAUUUUUAAAAAAAUCUGUCAUAGAGUAAGUGUUGGAUAGUCAGCUUAGAGCUCCUGCAAAAUACAGAUUAAAUAGAUUUGCUUCAAUUUUUUUACAUUCUACCCUGCUUUCUGGAGAAAGAACGACAUCAAUGAAUAGCUCAAUAGCACUAGGCAAUUUCCUACGACAUACAAACUUGAAAGAAAAAAAAACAGAAUAAAGCAGUGAGUUAAAUUUAGGCCCUCAUCCAGCUGGGGAUUAUUUAGGUAGAGAUGAUAUGCAUAGCUGGUGGGCAAAGAUGAUAAUCUUAUUACUCUGACUAAACUGGUAUCUUAAAAUCCUCUACCCAUUUAUGGAGUCGCAAGAUGAUACAAGGUGAGGUCAUGUUUGGUGACUGUCAGUGAUGCCCCUGUAGUUUUACCUUCUGCUUCAGCCAGGAUUAUCCGUUCUUCUGGAAGACAGGGUUGGAACACACUGAGCUGAACAAACAAGCUGGCGGCUGCUGAAACAAUCCAGAAGAAUGAAGCAAAGGAAAGGUACUUUUGGUAGCCGCCGCCGCCGCCUCCUCUCUUCUUUCUUCUUGAAACAGAAAAACUGGUACUCAGCAUGACUUAGCCUGUUUUUUUUUUUUGGUAUAAAUAUAAAAUUUACAUCUACAAAUAAAAGUUGAGAUAGCUGCUCUGCAACUACUAUAUCAGAAAUACGGAGUCCUAUCUAAAUUUCCUCUAAAAAUGUCUACUUUUUUUUCCAACUUGCAGACUGUUCCCAAAAAUACUUAAAUAAAAAUAUA